AUGGCAGAUCAAGCUUUGAUUCCUGAGGACGAGCUCUGUUGCUCUGUAUGUUGUGAUAUUUUUAAAGAGCCUGUUAUCCUGAAAUGCAGCCACAGCUUCUGUAGAGUGUGUGUGCAGCAGUACUGGAAAGAGAAGAACUCUCGAGAGUGUCCCAUCUGCAGGGGAAAGUCCUCUGUUGAAGAUCCUCCUGUGAACCUGGUCUUGAGAAGCAUUGUGGAGUCUUUAAAUCAGAAGAGUGAAGCUACAGAGAAAAGUGGAGCUGUUGUGAAGAGUGAAGCUUGCUGUAGUCUUCAUGGAGAGAAACUACUGUUCUUCUGUGAAUAUGACAAAGACCCUCUCUGUGUCGUCUGUCAGACUUCAAGAAAACACAGAAAUCACACGGUCUGUCCAGUGGAAGAAGCCGUACUGGAUCUGAAGGAGGAACUCAAGCCUGCACUCAAUCUGAUUAAAGAAAAACUGAAGAGGUUUACUGUUGUUGAACAAGAAAGUAAGGAAACAGCAGAACACAUCAGGAGUCAAUCCCAACACACAGAGAAGCAGAUAAAAACUGAGUUUGAGAAGCUCCACCAGUUCCUGCAAGAAGAAGAGGAGGGCAGACUAGCUGCACUGAAGAAGGAGGAGGAAGAGAAGAGUCAGAUUAUUAAGGAGAAGAUAGACAAUGUCACAAGGCAUAUGUCCACCCUUUCAGACAAAAUCACAGCUAUAGAGAAGGCCAUGGACACUGAAGACACCUUGUUUUUAAAGAACUAUAAGAACAUCAACGAAAGAGCCCAGUGCACACUGCAGGACCCAGAGCUGCUCUCAGGGGCACUGAUAGAUGUGGCCAAACACCUGGGCAACCUGAAGUUCAGAGUCUGGGAGAAGAUGCUGGGGAUGGUGCAGUACACUCCUUUGAUGCUGGACCCCAACACUGUAGCCCCCUGGCUCUCUCUCUCUGAUGAUCUGACCACUGUGAGAUACACAGGUACAAAGCAGAAAUGUCCAGACAACCCAGAGAGGUUUAACUGGUGUGUGUCUGUGCUGGGAUCUGAGGGGUUUACCUCAGGGAAACACAGCUGGGAGGUGGAGGUUGGGAACAAACAUGCCUGGGAUAUAGGAGUGGUCAAAGAAUCCAUCAACAGGAAGGGAGAUAUAACAUACGCGCAGAAGAGAGGAUUCUGGGUGUUAAUGCUGAGAAAUGGCGAUGCUUACACUCGAAAUGGAGGUGCUGCCCCCACACCGAAGAGGAAACCCCAGAGCAUCAGAGUGGAGCUGGACUAUGACAGGGGGGAGGUGUCCUUCUUCGACUCCAGUGACAUGUCACUCAUCUACACUUUCACAGACACAUUUACUGAGAGAGUGUUCCCAUACUUCUCUCCCUAUUUGAGAGAAGAUGGUAAGAAUGAGGGACCCCUGCAAAUAUGCCCAGUGAAAGUUUCCAUAACAGUGACAUCAUCCCAGUGAACAUGUUUGUUGAAAAAGAACAGACGAGAGAUGUUGUAUUUCUAUGUCAUUUUGGUUGUUUGUAAUGUGCCUCAGCAUGCCUAGUUGUUGACCUGAACUGGGGAAGACUUGCUGGAGAUGUGAAUUGAGGGGGGCAGCUGAUGAUCUACCAAAUGGGAGGCAGACACACACACACACACACACACACACACACACACACACACAGAAACGUAACAA